AUGCCGAGCCUACUUACAGCACAGGCUUGCUCCACCACCACCAGUUGGCAACUGAACUUCAGGUCAGGCAGUGACAAGGGCAACUUCAGUGUGCUUUCUGCCCUGGUGCCAAGGAGACCCGUGGGCAGUGUGGCUUCUUGCCAGAAAACUGGCCACAGGGUUAGAGCCAGCUUUGGCAGCAGGAGCCUCUACAGUCGAAGUUUUAGGCACAUUUCCUUUAGUGUGUCAGGAGGCAGUGCUCGGGUCACAGGGCACAGCCUUGGGCAGGACUCUGGAUAUGGAGGGACUCAAGCCAGCGGCUUUGCCAGAAGCAUGUUUGGCAGUGUGGCCCUGGGACCCACUUGUCCAUCUGUGUGUCUGCCUGGGGGUAUGCACCAGGUCACUGUCAACAAGAGCCUGCUGGCCUCCCUUAAUGUGGAGCUGGACCCUGAGAUCCAGAAAGUGUGGGCGCAGGAGCGGGAGCAGAUCAAGGCUCUGAAUGGCACAUUCGCCUCCUUCAUCGACAAGGUGCGCUUCCUGGAGCAGCAGAACCAGGUGCUGGAGACCAAAUGGGAGCCUGACCUAAACAACUGCAGGAAGAACCUGGAGCCUAUGUACGAGGCCCACAUCAGCAGCCUGCAAAAGCAUCUGGAUAUGCUGUCUGGGGACAGAGUGAGGCUGGACUUGGAGCUGAGGGGCAUGCGGGAUGCUGUGGAGGACAGCAAGAAGAGAGGACUUAAUGAACGGAACUACACUGUCCCUGCUUCCCCAGGGAAAGACUCAGGACAGGAGACGUCAGAGCUGGAAGGGCACCUGGUGCUGGCUUCACCACCUCCAUUUCAGGGUAACCUCAAGCUGCCUAGAAUCCGGGAGCUGCAGCUGGAGGCUGGCUGCCAUGGGAACAAUCUGAAGCACAGCAGGAAUGAGAUGUCGGAGCUGAACCGGCUUAUCCAGAGGAUCGCUAAUGUGAAGAAGCAGGUGAGCAGUGACCUGGAGAAGAACGAGAGGCACAGUUCCACCUGCGAUGAAGACACAGGCUGCCCUCCCUCGAGGAAGAAGCAGGUUCGAGACAACUUCCGCAUCAUUGGGAUUUCAUCCUACUCUGCUGACUUGCUGCAGCUCCCAAGGGUCCUGUUUUUUCAGGAGGCUUUGGAAACUCAAGAUAUCAUCGUCUUCGUGAGCUAA